AUGUCGGACUCCGAGGACCACCACUUCGAGUCCAAGGCCGAUGCCGGGGCGUCCAAGACCUACCCUAUGCAGGCCGGCGCCAUCCGGAAGGGCGGCUUCCUCGUCAUCAAGAACCGCCCCUGCAAGGUGGUGGAGGUUUCUACCUCGAAGACAGGAAAGCACGGUCAUGCUAAAUGCCACUUUGUUGCCUUAGAUAUAUUCAAUGGUAAAAAGCUUGAGGACAUUGUUCCUUCAUCCCACAACUGUGAUGUGCCACAUGUGGACCGUACUGAGUAUCAGCUGAUUGACAUAUCAGAGGAUGGAUUUGUGAGCCUUCUUACUGAUAAUGGUAGCACUAAGGAUGAUCUUAAACUCCCAACUGAUGAUGCUAUCCUGACCCAGGGCUCAAGGACGGAUUUGCUGAGGGGAAGGAUCUGGCGCUGA